GCAGCCAAUGAGGUGGUUGAGCGGCUGGAGGGGCGGAGCCAACUCUGCCCUCUGAUCGCACAAGCUGUUUAGGUUGCUCCGCAUGAUCAGCAAAGCAGGAGUAGAUCCGCGUGGGGGUGGAGGAACCUAAGAAGACUACGUUAAAUGGCGGCUCCAAAUCCAGAAAAAACUCUUCAAGAUGAAGCCACUUGCUCCAUCUGCCUGGAUUAUUUUCAGGAUCCGGUGAUGAUCAUCGAUUGUGGGCACAACUUCUGCCGAAAAUGCAUCGUACAAUGCUGUGCAGAGUCGUCUUCUGCAGCACUUCCCUGCCCGCAAUGCCGAAAACAUUUUCUCUGGAAAAAUCUUCAUCCCAACAGGCAUCUGUGGAGCAUCGUAGAACUCGCCAAACAGUUCAGCAGGAGGCGGGCAAAUGAAGAUGGGAAGCAGAAGUUGUGCGAGAAACACCUGGAGCCCCUGAAACUCUUCUGCGAAUAUGACCAGACUCCCAUGUGUGUGGUGUGUGACAAGUCCAGGGCACACAAGGCACACAGUGUGGUUCCUAUAGAGGAGGCCGCUGAGGUUUACAAGGAUAAACUGCACCAGCAUCUGCAAAUGCUGAAAGAAGAGAAAGAAAAUAUGUUGUUACUUGCAUUGCAGAUAGAGAAGCCAAUACAGGAGCUGCUGAAAGACACAGCAGCUGAGAGGCAGAAACUCCUGUCAGUGUUUCAACAACUGCAAGAGUUUCUUGAGAAACACAAGCAGCAUUUGUUGUCCCAGCUGGAUGAAGUGGAGGAACAAGUUGAGGCCAAACAGGAUAAAGAUGUGAUGAAGCUUUCUGAGGAGAUAUCCCGUCUGGAGGCCCUAAUCCAGGAUCUUGAGCAGAAGUUCCAGGAGCUACCAAGUGGGCUCCUCCAGGACAUUGGAAGUACCAUGAACAGAUGUAUGAAGGACAAAUUCCAGCCUCCUAUUAUACCUGAUUGCUCAAAACUCAGGAGGAUACUCCAAAUAUUCUCUGAGGAAAGUGCAUCAUUGCAGCAGGAAGUGAAUAAAUUCAAAGAGAAACUGUCCGAAUCAAAGUCGAUACAAGAGUAUGUGGUGCUGGACCGAGGGACCGCUCAUCCUCGAUUUCUUGUGACUGAUGAUCGGAGAAGUGUAACAUUGGGAUCUUGCCCGCAGAAGGUGAUGAACUACCCCAAGAGGUUUGACCCUGCCCCCUGUGUGCUUGGUUCUCGUGGAUUCUCAUCAGGAAAACAUCACUGGACAGUGGAUGUGGGGGAUGGAACUUUCUGGGCUGUGGGUGUGGCCCAAGAGUCCGUGCAAAGAAAAGGACAGUUCAGUUUUAUACCAGAGGAGGGGAUUUGGGCUGUGAGCUUCAGCAAUGGUCAGCACAAAGCUCUGACUUCACCUCCUGAUCUUAUAGAUCUAAACAGCCCCCUUAAAAAGAUCCAGGUUUGUCUGGACUACGAAAGGCAAACUGUUGCUUUUUACAACGUUGAACUGCAACGUAAGUUCUGUUGCUUCCAAUCAGCAAACUUUGAGGGAAAAACACUCUUUCCAUUCUUCCAGGUUGGGGACAUGAAAACAACCCUUUUUCUAUGUUAAAUGCAAAUAUCUCUUUCAAAUAUCUUUGUUUAAAGCUAACUGCCAAUCCCUCCAAAAGUAAUAACAACAAAAUAUAUACCUAGUCGAUUUUCCAUAUGAAGUUUGACUUUUGCUAAUAUAGUUACCAUGUUUGAUUUGUUUUUCCAGUUUCUUUCCUUUCCAGGUUUCUGUGCAUUCCACAUAAAAUUGGAGAUAAAGAAAUUGCUUCUUGUAGAUAAAAUGUGUGAAAAAUAGAUGGGAAUUUUUUUCACUGAUAUAUCAUCUGUGGAGGCCUAAGCUAGCUGAAAUCCCUCUACCUAUUUCUCUAGACCAAAACUUAGUUUUGUCUCUUCAAGCUCAGCCAGUAGGUCAUUGUUUAUCAAAUGUAUGCAUCAUUUGAAACAACUAGGCAGUCCAGCUUUUAACAGGAGUCCUGAGUGUACAUUCUAAACCUGUAUACAGGUGUCAGAAUCAUUCAAUGCACAACACCUUUGGUUUUGAAUAAUUCCACAUAUUAUUAGCAUAACAUGGAAUAAAUUAGGUCCCUGUUUCCAAGUAUUUCACUGUGCAAAACUGUAGUUACAGUGGACAUACAUGUGGUACCCUCAUCUGGUGAGAGACAGGUAUUUUGCAUGUGGCUAUUGUAUGUAUAAACACACAAUGUAUUGUAGGGCACAGCAAGGAGUCAUUAUCUUACACUGGAGAGAAAAACAAUAUUUGAAAGAUUUACGCAAGAGUGGCAUCUGUCCAUUUUAAAAUAGCAAAUGCGUGAGAGAUCCCCACUGCUUUUGCUAUUGGAGAUCUAUUUUAUGUUUCUGUAUUCUAAAAAUAUUUUAAAACUAUUAAUUGAUGCAGUAAAUAUUGAUGCAGAUUUCAAUAUAUGUUUUUAUUUUAAAACAUGUUUUUAAUGUAAUGUCUGGCUGAAAAAUUAACAAAUGAAAAGCAAACAAUGAAACCAGCUUGACUUUCUGAAUGCUUCACUAUAUUUGUAUGUGAUUUCCAGAAUAGUGUAAUAAAUGUUG